UAACAACUGGGUACAGAGUUCCGUGCAGCUCGAGCUUGUCGGACGUUGCUUUCUCUUCCGCCUCUCUCCCCCGCCCGCUGUAGGAUAUUGUUAGCACAAUGGCGCUUGUGUUCACUGCUCUCCGUGUACUACUGGGCGUUGCAUUCGCGCUCUCAGGUGCUGUCAAACUCACAGACCAGAUAUCGGAGGAAACCCACGCGCACAUGAGCUCGCAGUUCGUGCAGUUCGCCUCCGUGUUCCCGCUGCGGGUCGUGGGGGUGGAGGUGGACCCCGUGCAGUACCUGGCUCUCACAGGCUGGCUGGAGCUGGUGUGCGGAGUUCUACUGGCCUUCGGACCCAGACUGCUCCAGGAGAUCAGCAACCUGGUCCUGUCUGUGGUCAUGAUGGUGGCCAUCUUCACCCUGCUCAAGCUGCAGGAGCCGUUGUACAUGUGCUGCCCGGCUGCCGUGUUCCUGGGGCUGCUGCUGCUGCUGGCCAUCCGGGGCCGAGGGGGCCCAGGGGCCAAGAGCAAGAGACAGUGACCGCGCCCAUAAACACACACACACACACACACUCACACACACUCUUACACACUCACUCACACACACAUAAACAUACACACACUCUUACACACCCAUAAACAGACACACUCUUACACACACACAAACACACACUUCUGACCCUAGAUCAGCUCUCCUCCUCGCUUCCUGAAUAGCAGCCCCUGCCCCCCAGCUGGGCUAUGCCACAUUCCAGGGGUCGUCCUCGCCUGGAGAUGAGCUCUCGGCACCUCAGGUGUCCUUUUUUAAAAAUGACCUAUUCCGCCUAUUCUUAUAAUCGUGUGUGUCGUGUGCAUACGUCAACCACAGAAAUGCAUGUUAUUUUUCAAUGCGAAAUGGAAUAAAUCGUCUUGCAGCGCUAUAGGACUGAGGGGUUUGAUAACUGACUAUGACAUAAUUUUGUGCUUUUUAGCAUGGGUCGGGGCUCAUGGGUCGGUCUUUGCGUGGGAUUUUCGGGGGCAUAUAGCACUUGUGUACAAAGGGCUGUGAAAUAGACUUGCAGGUUUGAAAGUGAGAAAAUGCUUUGUAAAUUUGUGCAUUCUUCAGUAAAGGGCCUAAAGCAGGCAUUCUCGCCUUUGGGCAGCAGUACACUGAGCUAACAGCUCCAGACAGGAAGGUGUGUGAAAAAAUCUCAUAUCUGCAAAAAUGGAACCAGCAUAAGCUUAUCCCACCAGAACAUUGUCCCACCAACACAACACUGUACUUCAGUCAGUGUUGUUGGCUCUAAGACAUGUCUAACACUGAUAGAACUACAAGAGAACUUUCAGUGGGUUAAAAAAAAUACUGGCAAAUGGACAUGGGGGUAGUUUUUCUAGAUUUAUGACCUGUAGAAUCACAAUCAUUUGGGAGUCAUUGAGCCAAUCAGAGGUGACAAUUCUACAUGGCGUGGCAGUGAUGCGGGGGGUGGGUGGGUCCCAAAUUCUGUGUGUUUGUUUUGUGGGACUAAUGUUUGGACAAAGAUAAGGACUGUUCUGAGAGAGAAAAUGUAAUGUUCUCACAGAAUUGUAAACGAUUAAUGCAUUGCAGGAGCUUAUUAGUAGCAAUUACAUUUGGCUUUGAUGACCAAUUAAUUCAUGUCAUUCCUACAUUUUGAGUUGUUUUUAUUUAAGUUCAGAGGUGCAGUGGGGGGGGGGGGGGGUUGAUGUAAUUUUUCUGCCCUGACCAAUACUAAAAUGCAAAGGUAUCCCAAUUAUAAUACUUCCUGUCGAACCUGAAGUUGCUGGCUUGGUCCACUGCAGGCCCAAGGGGCUUACAGCAUCAGCCACAAUCACUGUAGUUCAGUAACAUUUGCCCUGGUGUACACAUCAGCACUCACUCUUUACAAGUGUUCUUGCUCAAAUUAAUUUGAAUUGUAAAUUAUUUUAGUUUUUGAUUAAAAACGCCUGAAAAGAGA